AUGUCUGUGGACAACAGCUUCGACAAUUUUGAGUAGCUGAUGUUUCCCUCCUAUGGUGAUAUGGAAAACAGAGAGUAGAUUGAGGAGCAAUACGUUCUAGAUCCUAUUCCCCAAGAAUAGGAAGACAAGCCAAUCCCCUAAAAUCCAGCUAAUAAUGGGAAAACUUACGAAUAAUUGUUUGAAAUAGUUUAACGAUUAAAUGACAUCAACUGGGUGGAACCAUCAUCAAAAAUCACUCCUAUCAAGUACUUGACUCCAAUUACCUACUGGUUUAUUAUGUGUUCCCAAUACUUCCAAAACGAUGCUGAUCCUAAAAUCAUCAAGUAUUCAACAAUCCUACCCCAUUAGAAUCAAUCAGGAAUGCCAACAAAUUCAAGAGGAAACUGCUCGCCCAUACACUUACUUUGACGAUUGGUUCAUCAUGGAGAUGAGAAACAUAGUAAACUAUAAUCUAAGAUAGAUGGUUAAAAGAAUUAUCACCCAAAAGUGACUUGGAAUUAUUGUAGACUCAACUCGAACAACAAUUACUUGACACCCAACUCCAAGUAAAUACUCAAAUAGAUGCAAUACAAAUAGAAAAGCCCACUUUGAACAUCUAAAACCCUCCAGAGUACAUCCUCAAAGAUCUUGUUGGCCUCACUGACAUUGAAAACCAAUAUCUAACUUAUCUUGAAAGCCAACAAAAGUAACCGAUUUUAUCCCUACUUACUAGAUACUACGAUGAGUAAAUUAUAAAUUAGACCAAAUCAUCUAAUCUGGCAGGAACAGCUAGAAAACUCUAAAAUGUCUAUAAUAAUUGUCAAAUUUGUAAUCAAGGGGUUAGAUCUGAAGACCCUUUGAUUUCUUGUCAGAAAUGCUAAAUUAUUGUCCAUCAAAAGUGUUAUGGCCUUGAAAAUGCAAUUAGCAACUGGAUUUGCGAUGUUUGUUUGAACUUUGGCAAUAAAGGGAGGUUUUUGAAGUGUCCUUUCUGUCCCAAAUUGGGAGGAGCUAUGAGACCGACUUCUAUGGCAAUGAAAGAUUCUAUAUUUGAAUUAAUCAACCCUACUUUUCAUACAUAUGCUAUCAAUUACAAGGUCGAUAGACAAAGUAAUAGAUUAUAGUAUUUUAGAGCCUCCUCCUGAUGGUGAAGAAAAUUACAAUUUUAUGAUACUUUAAUAUCAACUUGAAAGUGUGUCUGAUGAACCACCGAAAGCUGAAAAGAUUUGGACUCAUGUUUCUUGCUCUCUAUGGUUAGAUUUUGAUUUAGCGAAGGUGGAUAAAAGGAAAUUCAAUAGUUUAUGUAGUAUAUGUAAAUAGAAGAAAAAUGGAGCAUGUGUGUCCUGUUCAAAAUCUAAAUGCACUAUCUCAUUUCAUCCUGAAUGUGCAAGAAGAUCAUAAAUUUAUAUGGAAUCAGAUAACAUUUAUUGUUUCAAGCAUCAACCACUAAAAAUAAAGAGGAUAUUUGAAGAUUAACACAAUCAAUGGAAGGAAGAGAUCUAUUCCUUCUUUAAGCAAUAUGAAAAAUUAGAAUAACAAUUAGCCCAUAGACCUAAAAACAACGAUGUUGAAUUUUAGAAAUAUGAACUCAAAGCACAGCAAGAAGAAAUUGAGGCAGAUAUCAAGUAGGAAAAUGAAAUGCUGUUUCAAAGGAUAGCUGAGAUCCUAGAGAAGGAUGAAAAAUUCAUAAUCACAUUCCAAUAAAAUCAAGUAGUCGAUAUUCAGUUACCCUACAAGAGACAAUCUAUCUAUGAUAUUGAAGAAAAUGAUAGGAUUUGGUAAUAGUUGGCCAAUGAAAAGUGCUCCUCUGAAUAGGUCUACAUCCUAUAUCAGAGAGCAAUCAGAAUGAGGAAGAAGAAGAAGCAAGGGAAUGCAAUCUCAUAAUUGCAAAUGCCUUCAAUCUAAGAACUGCCGAAUAGAAAUAGACACUCUGUUUAUUCUAGACCCAAAUUCUUUAAGCAUCACAAAAAACAAAAAUUACAAAAUGGAACAUCCAAUAACAUUUCUCUAAAAAUCAAAAUACCAAAGGAGGCCAUCAACAUCCAACAACAAUAUUGUAUAUGCAAACAACAAAAUGAUGAAGAGAUGAUGCGUAAAUAUACCUUUUGUUAUUUUAGAGUGUGAAAUCUGCUCAGAGUGGUACCAUCUCAAAUGCUUGGGAUUUUUGAGUUCUCUUGAAGAUGCACAGAAUCUGUAUUUCUAUUGUUUUAGAUGCGAAUAGAAAUUGAACAGAGAACAGACCAAAUACAUCAAAAGAUAUAAAUAAUAUUUUGCAGAUGCUACAUUUCGAGAUUUAAAAUUGAAGAUAGGAAUGUCACCUCACGAGUUAAGAACCCAUGAAAAAAAGAAUUAUAAAUAGUUGUCUAAAUGA